CUGACGGCAUUCGGAGGCCAGAAGGUGACGCAGCUGCUGAGGCAAAUAGAGAUGAACAUCAGGAGGUUCAGGCGCCCGCCCAUCGGCCCCAUCGGAGCUCAUUUGUCACUCGAGUCAGCGCACUACAGUCUGGCGGUGGAGGUGGCGGUGGGGCGGAUGCUGGACUCCUUCAUAGUAUCCUGCCUUGAGGACUACCAGGCGCUCAAGCGCCUUGCAGCCUCCAUCAACUUCCACAACCUCACUGUCGUCACUUACGGCUUCGACCUCCCCCCCAUAGAGCCUCCUGCGCACGUGCUGCCACCUGAGGGGCUUGUGACUGUGCUGUCUGUGCUGAAUAUCGCCAACCCGGUCGUGCGCAAUGUGCUCAUCGACCAGGCAGGAGUGGAGAUGACAGUGCUAGUGCGUGACUUUGACGGGGGCAAGGAGGUGGCCUUCAGCCGAGCGCUCGUGUCCCGCGUCAGGGAGUGCAUCACGCAGGACGGCAUGCGCCUCUUCAUGCGAGGGAACCAGGAGGUCAGCUUGCCGUGCAAGCGCAACAUGAGGGGCGGGCGGCUGGGCUGCAACUUGGAAGAGGACGAGGCGAAGGGGCGAGAGGAGGAGGAGCGGCUCCUCUCCUCCGCAGAGCAGCUGCGCAGGCAGAGGGAGGCGGGGGAGCGGGAGCUGCGGCGCAAGCGGGAGCAGUUGCAGCAGCUGCAGAUCGCGCAGGGCGAUGCGGAGCGCGUGGUGCGCAUGGCGCAGAUUGAGCUGCGGGAGGUGCGGCACCAGAUGCUGGCUGCGCAGCAGUUUGAGUCGCAGGUCAACGUGUCCGACCUGGAAGAGGAGCUGGAGCGUGUGGAGGCGGAGGCGGAAACAGAGAGGGCCGUGUGGGAGGAAGAGAAGGGGCGACUGGAGCAGGCAAAGGAGGAGGAGCGGGUGGUGCUGGGGAACAAAGGACGACUUGAAGAGGAGCUAAGGGCAUUGGACGAGGCGUUGGGAGGGGCCAUGGAGCGAAUGGACCAGCUCACCACACAGCAGCGCAGGAUGCAGGCGGCAGUGAAGCGGCUAACAGACGAGCUGCAGCGCCUGCAGCACACUGUGGGAGCGAGCGACGCAGACAUAGAGCAGAAGAGGAGUGACGCACAGGCGAAGCGGCAGCAGGCGGCGGUGGUGUGUGAGGAGGAGGAGGGGCAGCAGGAGGGCGAGGAGGUGAUGAAUUCAGAGGACCUGAGAAAGCGCCUCAUUCGCCUGCGCGCCGAGCUGCCCAAGGACUACCAUGCCGUGCUGGCCCCGGAGCGGAAGGAGGAGCUGCAGCACAGGGCGCAGAAGCUGAGGGGACGCUACACUGCCACCAGCAACACCAUCCGCCUCAUCUCCCUCCGCCACGAGCAAUUGGAGAAGUCACUGGGAAAGCGGGUGAAUGCACUCAGGAUUGACUCCAACCGGCUGGGCCAAAACCUGGACUGGACGUUUCAGGAUCAUCUGAGCAGGAAGCGGUACACAGGGCAUGUGUUGGUGGAUCACACCCAGGGAACACUCACUCUCGAGCGGUACACGGGGCAUGUGCUGGUGGAUCACACUCAAGGCACACUCACGCUCGAGGUGUGUGCUGGCAUGGUGGGACGGAAUGAGUGGGUGGAGGGGGGGGAUGAGUGGGUGGAGGGGGGGGAUGAGUGGGUGGAGGGGGGGGGGGAUGAGUGGGUGGGAUAUGAGAUUUGCACUUUCUCAUGUCUGCCUUCCCCAUCUGCCCCUCCUUCCCUCUUCCCUCGCCCCCUGGCCCCCUGGCCCCCCUCCCCUCAUUGUCCCACUGCUGACGUACCGCAGAUUAACACAUCCACUGGCGCAGUUAGUGAUGUCAAGGCUCUAUCAGGCGGGGAGCGGUCAUUCUCCACGCUGUGCUUUGCGCUGUCGCUGCACCAGCUCACAGAGGCGCCAGUGCGUGCCAUGGACGAAUUCGACAUCUUCAUGGAUAACAUCACGCGCAAGAUCUGCCUUCGCCAUGCGGUAGAUUUUGCCAUCAGCAACGGCAGUCAGUGGAUCUUCAUCACUCCACAUGACAUCAGUGAGGUGGAUGCGGGACCUCAGGUCAAGAAGCAAAAGAUGUGGCCUCCGCGCCCGACGCGUUAG